UUACCCAUGACUAAAGUGAUCUGUCAACUUGACAUGAGAUGCGAGUUGUAUAUUGCAUCAUUUCAACGUGUUUAAACCGACUGUAAUCCUUAUUUAGUGAACAUAUUUAUUUUACAAUGUAUAGUGACUCUGGGCAGGUUUUGCGAGUCCCAGAAACUAUCAACUUUCCAGAGGAAGAGGAGAAAAUUAUAAAUUAUUGGAAAAAGAUCGACGCAUUCCAGACAAGUCUAAAACAGUCCAAAGGGAAACCUAGAUAUUCCUUUUACGAUGGCCCUCCUUUUGCAACUGGCUUACCACAUUAUGGGCAUAUCCUUGCGGGGACCAUCAAGGACAUAGUUACCCGUUACGCCCAUCAGCAAGGGUAUUACGUGGAGAGGCGCUUCGGAUGGGACUGUCACGGAUUACCUGUCGAGUUUGAAAUCGAUAAGAAGUUAGGCAUCAAGGGGCCUGAGGAUGUGUUGAAAAUGGGCAUCGAUAAGUACAAUUUGGAGUGUAGGCAGAUCGUUGCGAGGUACAGCAAGGAAUGGGAAGUGGUCAUGGGACGCAUUGGAAGGUGGAUUGAUUUCAAGAAUGAUUACAAGACUCUCUACCCCUGGUUCAUGGAAAGCGUGUGGUGGGUCUUCAAGCAACUCUACCUAAAAGGCCUCGUCUACCAAGGCAACAAAGUCAUGCCCUACUCGACGGCCUGCAACACGCCUCUGUCCAACUUUGAAUCCGGCCAGAACUACAAGGACGUCGUAGACCCGGCAGUCACCGUAAGUCUGCCGCUGUUGAACGACAAAGACGGAGCCGCCCUCCUAAUCUGGACGACCACUCCGUGGACCCUACCCAGCAACUUGGCUGCCUGCGUGCACCCCGAGUUGAUCUACGCUCGUUUCGAGCAGACGAGCACGAAGAAGACUUACAUAAUGAUGGAGAGCCGCAUCGAGACCAUCUUCGCGGCGGGAGAUUAUACCAUUUUAAAAAGGUUUCCGGGGAAGGAACUUAGAGGGUUGCGAUACGAGCCGAUAUUCGACUAUUUCCAGCAUCUCAAAGAUAAAGCGUUUGUCGUUUUGACAGACGGUUACGUGACGGAAGAAUCCGGCACGGGCGUGGUUCAUCAGGCUCCGUAUUUCGGAGAGGACGAUAACCGUGUCUGUCUGGCGGCGGGCGUUAUCACGAAAGAUCAGGACCCGGUGUGUCCCGUGGACCCUAGCGGGUACUUCCUGCCGUCCGUGAGGGAUUUCCAGGGGCAGUACGUGAAGGACGCGGAUAAGAAUAUCAUUAACAAUCUCAAGACUAGGGGAAGGCUUGUGCACCAGUCGCAGGUCAAACACAGUUACCCCUUCUGCUGGCGAUCCGACACCCCCCUGAUCUACCGAGCGGUCCCCUCCUGGUUCAUUCGAGUGGAACACAUGCAGGAGGAGCUCCUAAACUCCUCCAAAGAGACCUAUUGGGUGCCGGACUUUAUCAAAGAGAAACGUUUCGGCAACUGGCUGCGGGACGCCAGAGAUUGGGCGGUAAGCAGAAACCGUUACUGGGGAACUCCCAUUCCCAUCUGGGUGUCGCCCAAGGGGGAUGAAAUCAGGUGCAUUGGCAGCAUCGCCGAAUUAGAGGAACUUACGGGGCAAAAAGUCACGGACCUGCACAGGGAAAGCAUAGAUCACCUGGAAAUACCGAGUCAGGUCCCUGGAAAUCCACCUCUAAGGAGAAUACCGGAAGUGUUCGACUGCUGGUUCGAAUCCGGCACGAUGCCAUACGCUCAAAACCACUACCCAUUCGAGAAUCCGAAGGAGUUUGAGGAACGGUUCCCGGCCGAUUUCAUAGCCGAGGGUAUCGACCAAACACGUGGCUGGUUUUACACCCUCAUCGUCGUAUCGACGGCGCUUUUCGGUAAAGCCCCUUUCAAGAAUCUUAUCGCCAACGGUUUGGUUCUCGCGAGCGACGGUCAGAAAAUGUCGAAACGUAAAAGCAACUACCCGGAUCCGCUGGAACUGGUGAACAAGUAUGGAGCGGACGCUUUGAGGUUAUACCUCAUAAAUUCCCCCGUCGUCAGGGCCGAGAACUUGCGGUUUAAGGAGGAAGGCGUGAGGGACAUAGUCAAGGACGUCCUGCUGCCUUGGUUCAACGCCUUCCGUUUUUUGAUGCAGAACGUUGAAAUAUACGUGCAGGAGAACAACAAGAGUUUCGUUUACGACGAGAAGAACGUCGUAAGUUCCAACAUAAUGGACAGAUGGAUCCUGUCGUUCACGCAGUCGCUGCUGGCUUACGUUCGUAAGGAGAUGGGGUUGUACCACUUGUACAACGUCGUACCGCGGCUUACCAAGUACAUAGAUUACCUGACAAACUGGUAUGUCAGGAUGAACCGCAAACGUCUGAAAGGCGAGGGUGGUACGGAAGACUGUUCCGCGGCGUUAUCAACUCUGUUCAACGUCUUGCUGAAUAUCGUCAAAAUGAUGGCACCUUUCGCACCGUUCCUGUCCGAAAGCAUGUUCCAACACUUGAAACUUCUGUCGCAGGACAGCGCCGACAGCGUACACUUCACGAUGUUGCCUGAACCCGACCAGAAACUGAUCGACACGAACAUAGAGAGGGCUGUGGCACGAAUGCAGAGCGUUAUCGAGUUAGGAAGGGUUAUACGAGACCGGAAAACGAUCCCCAUCAAAUACCCCUUACCGGAGGUGAUCGUCGUACACCACGACCCUCAAUACAUCGAGGAUAUCCUUUCGCUGCAAGGUUACAUCUUGUCGGAGUUGAACGUACGUCGUGUGAGUACCACAACGGACAAGAGCAAGUUUGGCAUAACACUCAGAGCAGAGCCCGACCACAGGCUGUUGGGAGCGCGGCUGAAGCAGGACUUCAAAGCGGUCACCCAGGGUUUGAAGUCGUUGACCGACUCGGAGAUUAAUAAGAUCGUAAAUGCCGGUUUUGCGACUAUCGCCGGACACCGCGUCGAGCUGGAAGAAAUCCGUUUGAUACUUAAAUGCGAGAACUUAAACUCGAACCAGUACGAAGUACAUAGCGACAACGAGGUGGUCAUUCUGUUGGACGUAACGCCCGAUUCGUCUAUGCAGGACGAGGGUAUGGCUCGGGAGAUCAUCAAUCGCAUACAGAAGUUGCGUAAGAAGGCGCACCUCGUACCGACGGAUGAAGUGUCGGUGUUUUAUAGGUGCAACGGAGACUUGGAGAGAAUCGCUAAGGAAUACACAGACUUUAUCGAAACUGCUAUCAAGGCGUCGUUUAAAGGAGCGAAUGGUAGAACGGCCAACGACCAACUCAUCAUCGAAGAAACCCAGAAGUUGAAAGAUACAGAUAUCUACGUCGCUUUGACGAAAAAUAGCGACGUCCAACUUCCCGUCGUAAAGUGGACCAACCUGGCUUUGGUUGGUGUAAAAUCAAAAUAUUGCAACGGAGCCUCUAGGGGCGUGGUAUUAUUGGAGGUGGUCGGUAGAAAAAUUGGUUUAGAUAGCUUAAAGAAGGCGGUAUCGCAGCUUUUCGGUGUUGAAGAUUUCGAAUUGUGGUCCAGGAAAUAUGGCGAAGUCUCUAACGAUCGACAGGUGGAUAAGUUAAAUGGCGACACGGUAUUCGUGACUCCAGUAGGGAAGAAGUUGGAAUUUCCGGAUGAAAACGGGGUGCCAUUUUGCAAAACGGUCAAUUUUACGGAGAACGGUGUCUCGGGUACCGUUAUUUUGGAGAAUCCGCAAGGGAACUGUUUGAGGUUUGAUGUUGGUGAGGUUAUUAAAAGGUGGGUUAAGUCAAACCAGGGAUAAUUCUACCAAGAGUUGCUGUUUUGUUUGAAGUAUUCGAUUUUUUGUACUGUUAAGUCGUAAUAAACUAUUUAUUAUUUCAAAA